UAUUUACUUGGGUGAUCAACAAUUAUUUACUUGCGGUUGCUAGCAGCAAUGAAAUCGUCGUUCAUAUAGCUAGCUACCCUAGUGAGUGAAAUACUUCCAGUGAAGGUUGUAGCAGAGAGGACAUGGCUGGGUCUCAAGGAUUCACAACAUUAUGCGAAAAUUCGAAUGAAGUCUUUCUAGACGUCGCGAAAUUGUUGAUCACCUAUGCCGACAACAUUCUUAGGAAUCCCAAUGAAGGCAAAUACAGGUCUAUUCGAAUAGGGAACCCUACAUUUUCCUCCAAACUCCUUCCUAUCAGAGGGGCAGUGGAGUGCCUCUUUGAGAUGGGCUUUGAGGAGGCUGAAACUCACCUGGUGUUCCCCAAGUCUGCCUCUGUGGACCAGCUGAGGAGAAUGCGGGAGUCCAUCGCUGCAGAACGGGAUCAGAGACUGGGUGUUGGGCAUCCCCAACAGUCUCCUGUGACAGCAAGUGUCACAGCCCUAACCUCAGCUCCAGCAUCGGCAGCAGCCCAGGGUCCACCUGUUACUGCCAGCCUGCCAGUUAGACAAACCCCUACACAAGCACCCUCCUUAGAAAGCAGUAUGAUCUUCCUGACCACCCUCCAGUCUAACUUCCAGCAUGUGAUGGAGUAUGAGAACUCAGAGCUACAGCAGAAAGCUUUAGGUGUUAUACCACACCAGCAGCUGACCACCACAGCCAAGGAGAAACUACAGCAGGCCAAGCAGGCCGAUCCAGAUUGCAACCUGAGUGAAGAGGACCUACUGGUGCUGGAGCUGCUCCGCUGGUUUAAAGGGGAGUUCUUCUCCUGGGUGGACUGCCUGCCGUGCAACCACUGUGGGGGUCCAACCCAGUCCUCAGGCCCACUGGCCCCUUCUACAGAGGACCUUCGCUGGGGAGCCCAGAGGGUAGAGAACCAUCACUGUCAGGCCUGUAACCACUCUACCAGGUUCCCCAGGUACAACAACCCUGAGAAGCUGCUGGAAACCAGGAGAGGGCGCUGUGGGGAGUGGGCCAACUGUUUCACCCUGUGCUGCAGAGCCCUGGACCUGGAGGCCAGGUAUAUCUGGGACAGCACAGACCACGUGUGGACAGAGGUGUACUCUGCCUCUCAGCACCGCUGGCUGCACUGUGACUCCUGUGAGAACGCCUGUGACAAACCUUUGCUCUAUGAGAUUGGCUGGGGGAAGAAACUAGACUACGUUCUGGCUUUCUCCAAGGACCAGGUGGUGGAUGUGACCUGGAGGUAUUCCUGUAAGCACCCAGAGGUCCUAUCCAGACGGAACAAGGUCCAGGAGCCCUGGCUGCUAUACACCAUCAACGGGCUCAAUGCUGUGAGGCAGCAGUCCCUGAGCUCUGAGAGGAAGAAGGAGCUGUUAGAGAGACUCCUAGUGGAGCUGGUGGAGUUUAUAUCUCCUAAGACACCCAAACAGGGCGAGCUGGGGGGACGUAACUCUGGCUCCCUGGCCUGGAGGGAUGCCCGCGGCGAAACAGGACCAGGGACUACCCCAUCGGCUGCUGCAGCAGAGUUUGUGUUUGUUCCGACUGAGAAGGAGAAAAGUGGGAGAUUAUUCCAUCUGCGGUACAAUUCCACCAAGGAUCACUACUGCAGGGUGUCCAAUGACAGUGAGGACAUCCAGGGCUGGGACAAGACUGUGUGGAGGAAAGAGUCUGUCUUCAGGAAGCUGGAAAGUGACUGGCAGAUGGUAUAUCUAGCUCGUACAGAGGGCUCAUCGUCAGGGAAGAUCAGUUGGAAGUUGGACUGUGCUCCUGUAAGGAUGAAGAUUAAGACCGUCUCAGUCAGAGCAUGCAGCCAGACCUUUCACUCUGGGACCGUCCGCUGGGGUCUGCAGUCUGGACAGAACACCACAGAGUUCUCAGGAGACGGGGAGAUGCAUUUGCUUCCGGGUCUUUCUGGAUCCUCUGAGUUGGUCGUGGAGGCGGAGCUAGCCGGAGGAGAGGGCGAGUCGUCAUGGCAACACUCCCAGCUGUUCCGGCGAAGUUUGAAUGAGCCGGAGGAAUCCUCGUUGGAAAUCCUCGUCGAGAUGGAGGAUGCUUGAUGAUGGAGAUACUGUGCAUUCGAUGGCGAUCACUCUGAGCAAGGCGCUGCUACGUUAAUCUUCAUCACAUAAUGAGUAGUUAUUUUGGGAUGCAACAUGAUGUAUAGAUCAGUGAUUCUGCUCAGUGCCUUGCUCAAGAUCAGGGGAGUCAAACUCAUUCCAUGGAGGGCUGAGAGUCUGCUUUUUUUUCUUCUUUCAAUUAAGACUUAGACAACCAGGUGAGGGGAGUUCCUUACUAAUUAGUGACCUUAAUUCAUCAAUCAAGUACAAGGGAGGCGAGAACCCACAGACAUACUGCCCUCUGUGGAAUGAGAUCGACACAUUCUCAAUAUGAUCACCUUGAAUACACCGACUCUGUACAUAGUCAUGUGUAGUAUAUUCAUAUGCGUCUUGGCGCUUAUGAGACAAACGAAGGGUUAGUAGUUUGGUGAUGAUGAUGGUUGUGGGUACAGGAUGGAUGGUCGGUCAAGUAGUCCUUUGGGAUCUGUGUGUCUUGAAUGAAUAAUCUUAUAUUGAUUACAGAUCUUGUAAUGAUGCUGGUUGGAUAUUUACUGCCAGGAAUGUAGCAAGACCCAGACCCAGCUUCUGUAUGACACAAAAGCCUCUUAUCUAGACUCUAUGCCCAAUGAGGAGUAACUUAAUCCUCUUGGACCCCUUGGGAGCAUAUGGUGUCCAACAUGGCUUUCCACCUCAAAGGGGACUAUGGAGCAAUAUGGCCUGGCUGCAACCUCCUGCCAUAACAAGGUUCUGGCUCCUGGACAUAGGAAUAUGACCUGUGAGCCUAAAGUCCAUCUGAUAUGGAUUUUCUACUUGUCUUUUGAAGAAAGCAAUAUAAUAUCUCUGUAAUUGUUGUAUGUAAUGUUGAAUGGACCCCAGAAAGCAAUGUAAUUAUUGAUAGGUUUUUAUGUCUAUCCACUUAUGGUUAUGGAUACACAGGUAUUCUAUAUUUUAUUUGUGGUGAAUGCAUGAUGAAGACCAUUGUUAAAAUAUUUUAACUACAACUACCUUGCAGAAAUCCAGAUGAUAUGAAAGAAGUUAAUGUGUCCUUGUUCAAAUAUGUAAAUUGUGCAAUCGGUAUAAUAAAGAAGACAUUUUUUUUGA